ACUGCGUUCAGCCAGUGAUAUUUAAUAUAACACUAAAAAUGCUAUCAACAAUGGUUUACAUUGUCCAGAGCUUUUUAUUAAGCAUUUUCACUUAGAUCAUUUUUGGAAACUCAUUUUGCAGAGACAAGAACUGAAGCUGAAAAAUCUACCUGCCUAAGGACUCAUAACUUGUAAGAGUAGCUGUGAAACCUCACUGGAGGAACUGCAGAUUGAUAAUUUUUACUUAAUAACACACUAUAAAGAAUAAUAAAAGUGCUUCGCAUUGCCUAGAGCCUCACAAUGCCACUUUACACACAUUUGACAAUGGGUACCAUCUCAGAGAGGCCAGCAACUUGUCCAACACACCACUGCAAGUAAGAAGUAGGAAAGUUAUUGUUUUGCUUAAUAAUAACGCCUUACGCUCCAGGGCUAAAGAAAAGGCUUUUCUUACAGAAAUUAAACUCCAAUUACAGAGAGGUGUGAACUUCAUUAAGGCCCUGGGGCUGGUUCGUGGCCCGGGGUCAGGUUAUCCUGUAGCUUUGGCACCGCAGGCACCGCCCGGCGAGUUCCGGCCUCCGGGCACCUGGGCAGGUGGGCGUUGGGCGGGCUCCGGGCUGCGGACGGACCUGGCCGCCCCGCCCCGGCCGCCCCCGGGCUGCUCCGGGAGGACCCCGGGCCCACCUCACCCCACCUCCAUCCCUGGAGCGCGUCCCGGAGCGGGCGGGCGGCCGGCGGGCCAGGCCCCUCCCCGGCGCCGAGCCGCGGCCGCGCGGAGGAAGCGGAGGAGGCGGGAGCGGAGACCUCGCUGCGCUCAUGGCGUCGCCCGGGAUAGAAGUGGAAUUACUGGGCAAAGGGCAUUCAGAUUUGGGAGAAGUAGCCCCAGAAAUAAAAGCAUCAGAGAGACGAACAGCUGUGGCUAUUGCAGAUUUGGAAUGGAGAGAAAUGGAAGGAGAUGAUUGCGAGUUCCGUUAUGGAGAUGGUACAAAUGAGACUCAGGACAAUGAUUUUCCAACAGUGGAGAGAAGCAGGCUUCAAGAAAUGCUGUCACUGUUGGGCCUAGAGAUGUACCAGGUCCAGAAACUCAGCCUCCAGGACUCUCUGCAGAUCAGUUUUGACAGUAUGAAGAACUGGGCCCCUCAGGUUCCCAAAGACUUGCCCUGGAAUUUCCUCAGGAAGCUGCAGGCCCUCAAUGCUGAUGCCAGGAAUACCACCAUGGUGCUGGACGUGCUCCCAGAUGCCAGGCCUGUGGAGAAGGAGAGCCAGAUGGAAGAGGAGAUCAUCUACUGGGACCCAGCUGACGACCUUGCUGCCGACAUUUAUUCCUUUUCUGAACUGCCUACCCCUGAUACACCAGUGAACCCCUUAGACCUUCUCUGUGCCCUGCUGAUCUCCUCAGACAGUUUCCUGCAACAAGAAAUAGUGUUGAAAAUGGCCCUCUGCCAGUUUGCACUCCCGCUCGUGUUGCCUGACUCGGAAAACCACUACCAUACAUUUCUGCUGUGGGCCAUGCGGGGCAUUGUGAGGACAUGGUGGUCCCAGCCCCCAAGGGGCGUGGGGAGCUUCCGGGAAGACAGCGUGGUCCUGUCCAGGGCGCCCGCCUUCGCCUUCGUGCGCAUGGAUGUCAGUAGCAACUCCAAGUCCCAGCUUCUCAACGCCGUCCUCAGCCCGGGCCACAGGCAGUGGGACUGCUUCUGGCAUCGGGACCUCAACUUGGGCACCAAUGCCCGGGAGAUUUCGGAUGGGUUGGUAGAAAUUUCCUGGUUUUUUCCCAGCGGAAGGGAGGACUUGGACAUUUUUCCAGAACCUGUGACCUUUCUGAACCUGAGAGGUGACAUCGGGUCUCACUGGCUGCAGUUUAAGCUCUUGACAGAAAUCUCCUCCGCUGUGUUUAUAUUGACUGACAAUAUCAGUAAGAAGGAAUACAAAUUGCUGUACUCCAUGAAGGAGUCAACCACAAAAUACUACUUCAUCCUGAGUCCGUACCGUGGGAAGCGCAACACAAACCUGAGAUUUCUGAAUAAGUUAAUUCCUGUGCUGAAAAUAGACCACUCACAUGUCCUGGUGAAGGUCAGCAGCACUGACAGCGACAGCUUCGUGAAGAGGAUCCGGGCCAUUGUUGGGAAUGUGCUGCGGGCACCCUGCAGGCGGGUAUCUGUGGAGGACAUGGCACACGCAGCCCGCAAGCUCGGCCUAAAGGUUGACGAGGACUGUGAGGAGUGUCAGAAAGCGAAAGACCGGAUGGAGAGGAUUACCAGGAAAAUCAAAGACUCGGAUGCCUACAGAAGGGAUGAGCUGAGGCUGCAGGGGGACCCCUGGAGAAAGGCAGCCCAAGUGGAGAAGGAGUUCUGCCAGCUCCAGUGGGCCGUGGACCCCCCCGAGAAGCACAGGGCUGAGCUGAGGCGGCGGCUGCUAGAACUUCGAAUGCAGCAGAACAGCCACGAUCCCUCCUCGGGGGUGCAGGAGUUCAUCUCGGGGAUCAGCAGCCCCUCGAGUGAGAAGCAGUACUUCCUGAGGUGGAUGGAGUGGGGCCUGGCACGGGUGGCCCAGCCACGACUGAGACAGCCUCCGGAGACACUUCUCACCCUGAGACCAAAGCAUGGGGGCGCCACAGACUUGGGGGAGCCGCUCUGGUCUGAGCCCCUGGGGGUGGAACACUUCCUGCGGGAGAUGGGACAGUUUUAUGAGGCCGAGAGCUGUCUUGUGGAGGCGGGGAGGCUGCCAGCAGGCCAGAGGCGUUUUGCCCACUUCCCAGGCUUGGCCUCGGAGCUGCUGCUGACAGGGCUGCCUCUGGAGCUAAUCGAUGGGAGCACCCUGAGCAUGCCCGUCCGCUGGGUCACGGGGCUCCUGAAGGAGCUGCACGUCCGACUGGAGAGACGGUCAAGGCUGGUGGUUCUGUCAACCCUCGGGGUGCCGGGCACGGGCAAGUCCACACUCCUCAACACCAUGUUUGGGCUGCGGUUUGCCACAGGGAAGAGCUGCAGUCCUCGAGGGGCCUUCAUGCAGCUCAUCACAGUGGCUGAGGGCUUCAGCCAGGACCUCGGCUGUGACCACAUCCUGGUGAUAGACUCUGGGGGCUUGAUAGGUGGGGCCUUGACCUCAGCUGGGGACAGGUUUGAGCUGGAGGCUUCCUUGGCCACUCUGCUCAUGGGACUGAGCAAUGUCACCGUGAUCAGCCUAGCUGAAACCAAGGACAUUCCAGCAGCUAUUCUGCAUGCAUUUCUGAGGUUAGAAAAAACGGGGCACAUGCCCAACUACCAGUUUGUAUACCAGAACCUUCAUGAUGUAUCUGUUCCCGGCCCCAGGCCAAGAGACAAGAGACAGCUCCUAGAUCCACCUGGUGACCUGAGCAGGGCUGCAGCCCAGAUGGAGAAACAGAGCGACGGCUUCCGGGCACUGGCAGGCCUGGCCUUCUGUGACCCUGAGAAGCAGCACAUCUGGCACAUCCCUGGCCUGUGGCACGGAGCACCUCCCAUGGCCGCAGUGAGCUUGGCCUACAGUGAAGCCAUAUUUGAAUUGAAGAGAUGCCUACUCGAAAACAUCAGGAACGGCCUGUCGAACCAAAACAAAAACAUCCAGCAGCUCAUUGAGCUGGUGAGACGGCUGUGAGUGUGCAGAGAAACCCAGUUCAGGUGUAGGAGGCUGCUGUGGGCAGCCCUGUCUGAUGGGGCACCCGUGUGGGCUGUGCCCUGGUGCCUGAGAAUGGCCGGUGACCAAUCGACAUGAGAAGACAAGCAAAAGACAGAGGGUUUGGAGUCUCCUCAACAGUGUUAAGAGAGGAAGUGACCUCACAGACCAGCUCAGAGAUGUUACCAGGAAUAUCACAACCCCCAGGGUAGGGAGACACGCAGCAGUUUGUUCUGUCUCAGCUCCUGUCAAGGAUCCCGCGGGGUGGGCCCUCUGUAUAGCUGCUCUCUGUCACUGGCCCCUGGAGUGGGAGCAGUGUCCUCAGUCACUGCAGGCCCAGGCGGGCAGGUGGUCCCAGGACAGAGGUGGGGAAGUUGUCCUGAGGAAGCAGAAGUAGGCCUUGCUCCUGCCCAGCCCAAGGGCCUCCAGUGGACCAGCAUUUGAGAUGUGAGUGCCUGUGGUGCGCAAGGCACUCCCAUGGCACUGUAUUUAUUGACUGAUCUGUGAAGGCUUCCCUGACCCCUGCCCAGGAAGAGUUCAUUGGUCGCUCUGUUGUGCCCCACAGCACUUUGUUAUACCUCUGCCACACACUUCACGCAGCGCGUUGUAACUCAUGUGUUUACAUGUCUGUCCCCCAGACUGUGAGCUCCUUGAGGGCAGGGACUGUACAUUCUCCAGCUCUGUGUCCCCAGGGCCUGGCACAUUAUAGAUGCUUAAUAAAUGUCUGUUGAAUGAAUGAAUGCA